AUAACAGCAUAAAUCGCGAAAUCCCAAACCCUGCCAUCUUCUCUCAGCAACGCCGUCGUAUCUGCUCACCGCUCACCAGGUAGAAAAUGCCGAAGGUAAAGACUAAUCGAGUUACCUACCCAGAAGGCUGGGAACUAAUCGAGCCUACUCUUCGUGAACUGCAAGCAAAGAUGAGAGAAGCUGAGAAUGAUACUCAUGAUGGUAAAAGGAAAUGUGAAACCUUAUGGCCCAUUUUCAAGAUAGCACAUCAAAAGAGUCGCUACAUUUUUGACCUUUACCAUCGCCGAAAAGAAAUUUCCAAGGAAUUGUAUGAGUUCUGCCUGGACCAAGGUUAUGCUGACCGCAAUCUAAUUGCAAAGUGGAAGAAGCCGGGUUAUGAACGCCUUUGCUGUUUAAGGUGCAUGCAGCCUCGGGAUCACAACUUUGCAACCACAUGUGUCUGCCGAGUGCCCAAGCAUCUGAGGGAGGAGAAGGUUAUAGAGUGCGUGCACUGUGGCUGCAGGGGCUGUGCCAGUGGAGAUUGAUUACUGUUCUCUUCUUCAAGUUCAAAUGGUUUGCCCAGUUUAGCCUUUGUCCAUGUGUAGUGAUUGUACCCCCCUUAACUGACCUUGAAUCUUUUCGGCUGGGAGUUGUAAUAGUAUGUCUCAUCUUGCAAGAACAAAUUGUUGUGAUGUUUAACCAAAUGCAAACUUGAAAGCUUAGAAAAAGCAUGCCGUCGUGCAUUAUUUGUUUUGGUUUG